CAAGCCUUGAAAUAUAGCUCUGUAUUUUGUAUAAGGACAAUAAUAUAACAAUGGAAAUGGAAUAAUGGAACCAUUUAAGUGUCACAGCUGUCUGGUACCUAUCUUCCUGGUGAUAGUUGGUUGUCAUGGUUACAUCAAUUAUCUAGCCAUAAGAUUACCGUUACAGGGAGAAAGACCACCGCCUGGUUCACCAUGGCCCCAACCAAAACAAUGGCAACAGAGUCCAGACCUUCUGACCAUUGAUCCUAUAAAGUUCCAAUUUACUUCCGACACAGACUGUGAUAUUAUAACCAAAGCGUUUGAACGAUAUCACUCCCUUAUAUUUGGUUAUAAAGGAUUGUGGGUGGCAGAAGAUAAACCAACAUUACCAGGGUUAGAAGUGGUAAUAUCCAGUAAAACUUGUGGAAAAUAUCCAAGCCUAUCCAUGGACGAAUCUUAUAGCUUGGUUAUCAACAAUACAGCAACUUUAACAGCCACUGAAGUUUGGGGAUUUCUCAGAGGUCUAGAAACGUUCAGUCAGUUGGUGUAUGAUAAUCAAGGUGAACUACUGAUCAAUAAAACCAGUAUAACUGAUGUCCCGAGGUUUCCGUACCGUGGUUCACAUCUUGAUACAGCUCGACAUUAUAUACCAAUACCUGUACUUAAACAGAAUUUGGAUGCUAUGAGUUAUAACAAACUAAAUGUAUUCCAUUGGCAUAUAGUUGAUGAUCAGUCGUUUCCUUUUGUUAGUAAAACAUUUCCUAAACUAUCCGAGAAGGGAGCAUAUUCCAAAUUGCACCUUUAUACCCCCGAAGCUGUUGCUGAUAUUAUAGAAUACGCUCGAUUGAGAGGAAUACGGGUGAUUCCUGAAUUUGAUACUCCUGGCCAUACCGCCUCCUGGGGAAUAGCUUAUCAAGAACUGUUAACAACCUGUUGGGCCAAUGGUAAACCUGGUGUAGCUAUUUAUAAUAAACAUGCUGAACAUGAAAUACUUGAUCCAACAAAGAACUUUACCUAUGAGUUCCUCGGCCAGUUCUUUAAGGAGGUGUCAGAAGUCUUUCCAGAUGAAUAUUUACAUAUGGGAAUGGAUGAGGGUUAUUACUAUUGCUGGUUUUCAAACCCUAACAUUACAGAGUUUAUGACUGAACAAGGUUUUGGUAAGGAUUAUUUUAAACUAGAACAGUAUUACUCUGAACGUGUUCUAGGAAUGAUAUCAGAUUUAGAUAAAAAGUACAUCAUCUGGCAAGAUCCGGUAGAGAAUGGAGCUCAGGUGCGGAAUGACAGUAUAGUAACAAUAUGGAAAGGUGGAUAUAGUGAUUGGAGAAGGUAUAUGGAAUCAGUGAGUAGUAAAGGUUAUUAUACCAUACUCUCAUCAUGUUGGUACCUGAAUUAUCUAACAUAUCCACCAGCCUGGAGACAGUUUUACUCUUGUGAUCCUCUUGACUUUACAGGUUCACAAGCAGCAAAGGAUCGUGUUUUGGGAGGUCAAACAUGUCUGUGGGCAGAAUUUGUUGAUGGUACCAAUUUAUUAACUCGAAUGUGGCCAAGUGCUUCAGCAGCUGCCGAGAGAUUGUGGAGUCCAGCUGAAGUUCGAGACAACGAUACUGCUUAUUUUAGACUGGAUCAACAGAGAUGUAGAAUGUUACGACGUGGUAUACCAACGGAACCGCUCCUGGGUGGUUAUUGUGGAGAUUACGAAUGGGGAUUUGAGAAGGACGAACCUCAACUAGAAUCUACCGAGCGACCUACAACCUGCAUCAAUACAUCUACGUGUCUAUUAUCAAUUUCUCAUUAUCAACUGCUAUGUGUUGUACUUGUCUUGUCCUACCUCUUAAACUCGUGUAAAUAA